UUCCCUUCCCUUCCCUUCCUUUCCUCUCCUUUCCUUUCCUUCCAAAACCUUCAGCGUAGUCCUCUUUCUUCUUUCGUCUCUACUGCAUCUUCUGGAAUCUAUUAAUUACCCUCCUCCGCCUCCGCCUCCGCCUCCGCCGUCGCUUCAAAACUCGCUCUUUUAUCCAUGGAAGUGGUGGAGGAGUUUCCGGAGGACUUCCGGUGCCCGAUUUCUCUCGAGGUCAUGACCGACCCCGUCAUCCUCUCCUCCGGUCACACCUUCGACCGCCACUCCAUCCAGCGCUGGCUCGACUCCGGCAACCGCACCUGCCCAGUCACCAACCUCCCUCUUCCCCCCUCCCCCUCUCUCAUCCCUAACUACGCCCUUCGCAGCCUCAUCUCCUCUUUCCUCGACGCCCGCCGCCCUCCCCACUCCGCCGCACCGGCCUCCACCCUCACCUUCCUCGCCUGUCUCUCCUUCCCCUCAGACGUUGCCUCCCUCUCAUCCGUUCUCCGCCUUGCGCAGUGUGGGGGCGCCGCCGGCCGCCGCCUCGUCACCGACUCCGGCGCUGUCGCCGUCCUCCUCCGCCACGCCGCUGCCACCGACCGCCCAGACCUCCAGGACCUCUCCCUCCGUGCCCUCCUCCACCUCUCUCUCGACGGCGACGACGCCCGCCUCGGACUCGUCGCUGAGGGUGCCCUCGACCCCGUUGUUACCGCCCUAUCCCCCGGUUGCUCCUCCUCAUCCGCCCUCGCCUCCACGCUCCUCACCAGCCUCGCGGUCGUCGAGGUCAACAAGGCCACCAUCGGAGCCCACCCGUUCGCGAUCCCGCGACUCGCUGCGCUCCUCCGCGACGGCGACGCGCGGGAGCGGCGGGAGGCGACCACUGCCCUAUACGAGCUGUGCAAGUUCGCGGAUAACCGGCGUAGAGCCGUGCGCGCCGGCGCUGUGCCUCCGCUUGUGCGCCUCGUGCGCGAGGGCUCUGAGAGGGCGGUCCGAGUCCUGGGUCUCCUUGCCAAGUGCCGCGAAGGGAAGGAUGAGAUGCGGAAGACGAUCGGAUUCGUGAAGGCAUUGGUUGAGGCCUUAAGAGCAGGGAGCCCGAGGGCCAUCGAGCACGGCCUCUUGGCGCUCAACUUGGUGUGUUCGGAGAGCAAAGGCAUGGCCUUGGAGGCCAUUGAAGAAGGCGGUUUGCAGCUUUGCUCUCUCUUGUUCUGCGACCUGAACCAGAAGACGAGAAAGAACGCCAUGGAAUUGGCUCUCACUCUGCAAAACGCAAAUCAAUUUUCUUGAACACAAUUUACUAUCGCACUCCAUCAAUUCUUGGAAUGCUUCCUUCAAGCAAACAUAGCUCGCGGGAGAAGGAAACCAACCCAAAAGAGCUAUGCAAGGAGUUUUGCAAGUCACAUGUCCAAGGGAUUGAGCAAUUGUAUCACGACUACAUGAGUCCUAUUGGAGGACUCAGCUAGAGAACAUGAGUUGUAAAUGAAUAAAUGGUGGGAGGCUAUGUUUUGUAGUGUUGAUGUAGUAAGAGAUUUAGUGGAAAUAUUGCAAAUAGUUUCUGCGUUCAUGUCUGUUGACUGCACUGAUCGAGUAUGUAUUGUUAUCGACUAUUCGUUUGAAUAAAUUCAGACAUGU